AGGACAAUCAGUAAAUCUCGACUAUCCAAUACAAGUGCAAGAUAACGACGGCUGGAAUGCAAACGUUGAGAGUACAUUCACUAUAAAUGAGGAAGGUGACGCCUUUUUUAAAGUUGUCGAAAAACAAGAAGGCGAAGACUCUAAAUUACCAUACAAGAGAAGUUUAACUAUAGAAAUCAAGGGUCGAAUGAAUUAUAACACAAAGAAGGAAUACAAAUUUAAACUUUUAGCACAGAAUACAAAGGAAUCUUAUGAAGGUAAAUUGCUUCAAUCAGAAGCUGAAGUUACCAUUAAAGUUAAAGACGAGGAUGACCUUGACCCGGCAUUUAAGGAUGUUCACUAUUUUGUCGAUCUCCAGCACAAAAAGGAGGAAGAUGGUGUCAUAAUUCAACAGAUUGGAACUGAUAAUUCCGUGAAAGCAGAUAAAGAUGGGAAUAUGUCACCCUUGAAACUAAGUACAUCACCUAAAAUCGAGGCUUAUGAUCAAGAUAUAGGAAUUAAUGAAACAAUCAUGUACCGUAUUCCAAGAGAUCAAGAUUUUAUAUUGAAAACCUUUGAGAUUGAUAAAAACACGGGUGAAUUAACUUUGAAGUCUGCGAGUCAAGAACUAUUAACAAAAAGUCAGCUUAGCUUCGCUAUUGAGGCUUAUCAACAGAAUAAUGAUCUUCGAAAAGCUCACGCUACUGUGACAGUCAGGCUUACGACUGAAGAUGUGAUUCUCCCAAUAUUCACGCAAAAUAUCCGUAUACCUAAAAGUCUUCCAGAAAAGAGUGAAGUUCACUCCAUUGAAGUCAACGUAGAUGCAAAAUUUACAAUUUCAGGUCCUGAAAAAGACAAGUUUAGCAUUGAUGCCUCUGGCAAGAUUACGCUACUUGGAAGCCCUACUUCCUGUGAGACGGGCUGCACUAUUAUUGUUACAGCCGAGUCUAGUCUUAGUAAAAAUCAGCUUAAGAUUGACUUUUUUGUCAAAGAAGACAAUCGAGUGUUUGCUAAAGAUCAAUUUUUUGUAGAAAUGGAUAAGGAAUCUACAACAGAUUUCACACUCGACCUCAAAACUGAAAAUGUUGACCUUCAGAUAGAAGGUGAACACACUGAUAAAUUCAGUGUUUCUAACGACGGUAUAAUUACAAUGGAUCCCAACAAGGUUGAAACGAAUCAAAAAUAUCCUAUCCAUAUCCUUGCAAAAACUAAAUCAACACCUAAGAUAACAGAUACAACUAAAGUCAUUAUUUAUGUAGUACAAAAAGCUCAAACCACUGGAAGUUUAUUUGAAAAGGAGCUUUUCAGAGUGGAAAUUCCUACUGUCAACACCAAAGGUCAGAAGGUAUUUACAGUAAAGACCACAAAGAGUGAAGUUCAGAUUGAAAAAAUAGGAGGUAGUGGUAAAGACUAUUUUAAUGUUGACGGCAAGGACAUUAUCCUGGAAUCAUCUAUUGAACCUGGGAAAGUUCUCGAACUUCUGCUCAAAGGCAUAUAUAACUCCGAGGAAGAAAAGAUUACAGAUACAACCAAAAUUGAAUUUUCGGUCCAAGAUGAAUUGUUUAGUAAAAAACUCAUUGUGAAAGUAAUUGAUAGUGGAUUUAAACCUGAUAGACCAAUUGUAUCUAUAGAUGUGGAGCAAGAAGAUGGUGUUAUUGUAACAGGUGAAGACAAAGAUUACUUUGGCAUUAAAAAUAAACAGAUAUACUUGAGGAAAGACUUAGAUCCUGAAAAGCUAAUAUACCAGAUUACACUAGAGGACGAAACCCAAACCUACACUGACAAAAUGGAAAUUGUAUUCGUCAUUGAUCGAGGACUGCCACCGAAACUGUUCUUCAAGGAUGUUUUUGUUGUAGACAUCUAUCCCAAUGCUACUACAGGAACUCAAGUCUUCAAGAUAGAGGCGAAUGUUAAUGAUGUGACUUUCAAAAUCAUUCAAGACGAUAAGGAUAUGUUUGACAUUGAUGAGGACUCUGGAGAAAUUACUCUUCGUAGAGAUCUGGAAGAAGAUGAUACCAAAUUCCAUCUGAUCAUUGAAGGUGCCAAAGACUCGGUAAAAGAAAAUAUUGAGGUUGUGUUUUUAGUAGGCAGAUGUGGCGCUGACGUCAAACUCUUUUCAAAAUGUGUCUACAAAGAGGCUAUAAGUUCCGAUGCAUCUUCUCCAAGAGUGAUAGUUCAACUGAGGCACGACUUCGAUAUCAUACCCCCAGUUAAUACCAAGUACACCAUCAAAUCGGGAAACGAAAAUGGAUAUUUUGACAUCGACGGCCAGGGACAAGUGAUCCUAAAGAAACCACUCAAUUCUUCACUUGACGAUAAAUUUGUUUUACUAAUUACGGCUAUGAAGAUCGUGCCUAAAAUACAAAGAGUUCAAGCUGUAGAUAUUCCAGAAGUUGAAAGUAACGAAGCAGUUGUUAUCAUAACCCUGCAUGGUUCUCCGAAGUUUCUUCACAUGAAACCGCUUGUAUUGGUAUACGAACCAUGGCAACCACUCAGUGACUACGUAUAUCAACUGAAGUACUCGGGAACACCUGAACAAGAAGGACAAUUAACAUUUUCUAUCAAUGAAAGCAAGAAAGAGACGAAAUUCGAUAUCACACAGAAAAGCGGACUACUAUUUCCAACUGCUGACGUUACUGCCGACGAUUCAUUCCAGACAGACUUCACUGUCGUUAUGGAAGACUCCAAAGGAUGGAAGGACUCUAUAAAAAUCUAUAUAUUCCGUUUGAAAACAAACCAGAUGUUCGUCCUCCAUUCUACUCUAAAACUACACGAACUCUCUAAAGCUGACAUAGAGAAGAAGCUAAAGGAAGAUACAAGUAACCACUACAAAUUAUUACAUUUCGAAGGUUCCAAAAAAGCCAAGAUGAGUUCAUCCUUCUAUAUGGCGGGAGUGGGAAAUUAUAAGCGCGCAGAAGGCUAUAAACCAAUGGAAUACCAAGAGCUCCAAAAGUGGAAUGUAGGAGAGCUAAAGGAAGUUUUUGGACCAUUCAUUUUAGAGCCUCUAGAAAAUCAAAAUGUAAUGACAGAAGACAAACGGUUGGGAGAAGAGAAAGAGGUUUCAUAUACCAUUGCAGUUGUUGUGCUGGGCGGUGCUGUUGCUAUCAUGUUGAUCUUACUUCUCCUCUUAUUUCUGAACCGUCGAUUCUUUGGUCGUCAUUCAAGAAAAGAAGACACUGAGCAACUAACAAAACGCGACUCAGACUCGGAAUUGGAUAGUAGUGCGAAACCCAGUUGGAUGAUCCCGCUUCCACCGUCUCUACAGGAAAGUUUUGCAGACAGCGAUACUCAAUAUCUGUACAAAAGAGUAAUGGAAGAGGACAACGAAAACAUAACAAAAAGCUUCUUCAAGAAUGUUGUUGAAGAAAUUAAUGAAAGAAAAGCCGCGAGGAUGUCAUCAGCUACCUACGUUCCAGUGUCUAGUCCAACAAAUGUUGAAGAUAAACCAACUGAGGAUUCUCUAAUUGAACUAGCAGAAGAUAAGCACGACGGUAACGUCAACAAUGAUAAUCCGAUUGUAGACGGUAACGUCUCCAGCAAAACAAAUGUUAUGGAGAGCACAUUACCACAGCCAGAUUAUCCAUCUAUUGAUAAUACCGAUGUUACUGAUAGUGCUAACAAUGACGACGGCCAAAACGUUGCGGUUGACACGGAGUCAGCUGAUGAUACUGAUGACAACAUAAAUGAUCCAAACAACCAGAACAGAAAGAAAUCGGUAGUUACGUUUAAUGAGGAAUUAGAAGUAAUCACCUACGAUAAUAAGCAAUGAAGAUGGUUCCAGUGAAAAAAAUGUGGAAACCUCUCUUAAUUUUCACAUGCAAAUUCUGAUCACUGAAUAAAUUAAUUUUUACGUAACAAAAUUAUAACCUUCAAAAAUAAUAGAGUAUUGCAAUAUGUUGAAUAUAAACUAAAGUAAUGUUUCAAGAAAGACGAAAUCAAGCAAAUAACUGAAAACGUCAGUCAUUACUGAUUAAUGGAAAUAUAAUUAAAAAUUGUAUAUUUUCAGGAUGAAUAAUGGCGUAAAGUUAGCAAAAGUAUCAUAACGAUUGUUGAAAGGAUGAACUGCUGUUUUGCAGAAUGUUUAAUUUCAAGAACAAUGUCAAUAAUUUCCAUAACAAUUGUCAUAAUUA